CUAUAAAAUGAGAAUCAAAUUGUUCCAGCGAUCAGCAUACUUCCCUGUUUAUUCCUCCACUAGAAACCGUGGUAAAAAGACUUCUUGAUGAGUACAAGUUAUGGAGUUGUUCUCAGUAAUAUGGUAUUCGUUUUUGCUCGUUGAUGUUCAGCUUCUUGUCUGGAAAGCAGGUGGCACACAAAUUACUUGGUAUAAACCUCCUCCAGUUCAAAUAGCAUCAAGUUCAAGUGAUACAUUCGCCCCAAACAUUUCACAACAUCAUGAUGGACAAGCUGCUACACUUGUGUGGAAUUUUAGUCUCACUCAAGAUCUAAGCAUCACUAUAGUGGACAUUAACUUCAAUUCUGAUCUGAUAGUGAGACUUUUGCCAAAUGGAGGAAGUGGUGGGAUAACUGCUGCAUUCCACAAUCGCUUCAAUGUGGAUUGGAAUCCCCCAGGAAGAGUUGCUUUGACUAUUUCUAAGGUUACAAGUGCUGAUGAUAAGGUGAAUGGAGCAUUUAGCUGUGUGGUGAGCACUUUAAGUAAUGGGAACUGGAAGCGUAUGAUUCAAGUGGAAGUAGUAGCUUUUUCAGCCCAUCGUUCAACAAAUGCCAAUAUUUCUCUAAGAAGUUCUCAUAUAGCACUUGUAUCAGACACUCAGGCCAGAGAGCUUAAUUUCAAUACAAACGUUGCUUAUUCAAUUUGGUCUCUUUUCUCUGAUGUGUAACUACAGUUGGACCCUGAUAAUUCGAAGUCUCAAGGGAAAUUAAAGCAAAAUAGUUCGAAUUAUCGGGGGUUCGAAUUAUAGGGGUCAAAAAUAAAUAUGCAAUUUUUACCCCUGCAUAACUGUCUUUAUUUACCCUAUUUUCGUGAUAUUAGUGAACAGUUUGUAAUACCUGAACGUAUUUCAAAUGUUUUCAUCAACAAAACAGUUUUUUUUUUAAAUUUCAUAAGAACAAUCAAAAAGCAGAACAGUGACCAAUAUAAAAGGUGCUUACUAGCCUGAAAGCUGUCAAUUGCGAGCUGCCUCUGAGAUUUGCGAAUGUUUUUCUCGAUGAUGUAUGCGAUCUGACUCAUGUUUUGACGAAUCUCGUCAGCUCCAUCUGCAGCAAACAGACUAUAGGAUGAAAGCGUGUUGAUAGCCUCGGUUAUUAUUUUGUGCUCUUGUUGGCUUCUGUGGUCUCUCCUCAGAAUCAUCAUCGUCACUAUCAUCGUCUCGGAGGCCAAGAGCAGGAUAAGAGCCUGACAAAGACCUUUACACAUUUUUAUGUGGACAUGCACUACUUACCAAUGCAACUGAUUUCAGAGCCUGAUGAGAGACUGCCACAAGUCAGACAAGCAAAUUAUUUUUUUCUAAAAGACAGUUAUUAUCUUGUCGAUACUGCUCGAAACUUCGCUGUCACAUGCAAUCUUUAGUCUACGUCUGUCGGUUUUCUUGACACAGACAAGUUAUUAUGUGUUUAUAUGUACUGGACAUCUAAUAGUUGGUCCUUCUAGGAGGCCUACAGGUAUGGAAUGACUUAAAAAGAACAUUAAUUUUAACUCAGUGUUUAGGGUAGAGCUUUAAGUGUUUACAAUGCGCAGGAAAAAGGUCAGGGAGAACAACACCGUAUGAUCUUUUUUAAAAAAUGCAGUAGCCUAGAAAACAAGUCCUGUCCUAAUUUGAAGGAAUACAUAAAAGCAGCAGUGGCAAAGUGUUGGACUGAUAAUCCAACCAGUCAACAUUAAAUAAAUGAAUAAACACUGGCUACUACUAUUGCUUAGCUGUACCUGCAAGUCUGAACAAAAUUAAUAGUAAGUUGAG